AUGUCUAUGGACACAGAACUGAAGGUCAAAGAAGAGAUAGAAAGAUUUCUCAAAGCAGGAUUCAUCAGACCAGCUAUUUAUGCUGAUUGGCUAGCCAAUAUUGUGCCAGUUCUAAAAAGAAAAACAGGGGCAGUUAGAAUCUGUGUGGACUACAGAAAUCUGAACGAAGCAUCUCCCAAGGAUGAGUACCCUAUGCCAAUGGCAGACAUGCUAGUAGAUGGAGCUGCUCAUAACCAGAUGCUAUCUUUCAUGGAUGGCAAUUCAUGUUACAAUCAGAUUAUGGUGGCAGAAGAAGACAUCCACAAGAUAGCCUUUAUGUGCCCAGUACAUAUAGGUGCUUUUGAAUACACUGUAAUGCCUUUUGGCCUAAGAAAUGCAGGAGCUACUUAUCAAAGAGCAAUAAAUUCUGUUUUUCAUGAUAUGGUAGGACAUUCUCUGGAGGUGUAUAUAGAUGAUGUGGCAAUUAAAUCCCUAGAGGAGGGAAAUCACCUCAAACACUACAUGCUACCAUACACCAUCUACAUCAUUGCCAAGACAGAUCUAAUCAAAUACAUGCUAACAAGGCCAAUGUUGAGAGGCAGAGUUGGAAAGUGGACUCUGGCCUUGACAGAGUUUGCCUUCAGAUACGUUCCUCAUAAAGCUAUCAAAGGUCAAGCUGUGGCAAAUUUCCUAGCAGAUCAUCCAAGAGAAGAAGUCGAAAACAUGGACUCUGUGGACAUAGCAAAUGCAAAUCUGUUGACUAGAGCUCACACUUUCCUUAACAAUCCUAUCUAUUCACUUCAUCUCACACCUUGGAAGCUGUAUUUUGAUGGGUCAAAAAUUGAUAUAGCUUCCGAGGCAGGGAUUGUAUUAGAGGAACCAUUGGGAAUCAGACAUUGCUAUUCUUUCCAAUUAGAUUUCCAAUGCACCAACAACAAAGCUGAAUAUGAAGCUCUAAUUAUAGGCCUAGAAAUGCUGGUGGAGUUAGAGAUCCAAUCUGUGGAAAUCUUGGGAGAUUCCAUGCUUGUCUUGAAGUAG